AUGGGUAAACCGGAGAUUGCUGCUGAGCCGCCAACUCUGCCUCUCAACGUGUCGUGCCCUGAUCCACCAAAGCCUGGGCAUUAUUAUCCGUACGAGGCGGGUCAUGCCUACGGGGCUGGUUACGUUGCCGCUCACUGCUUGAAACUGCUGGCGAAUCAAUAUGCCUGCUAUAACUCCGGAUUGGACGCGGGGUCGAAUGAAUCCGUUCAUGACUGCACGAGUAAGCCGCCUGCUGCGCCACCGCUGUCUGAAGAAGCUCUUCGUAUCUCCAUCGCGGACGGUGACUCGCCUUCAAUAGGGAGAGCUGCCAAUCGUGUAGCCGCGGCGAUCAUAUUGUCCAAAGGAAAUGGCAAACAGUCAAAGUUCUUUCCAUCUCUUCCCAAAAACCCCAGUUCCCUCGCCCUCGGCGCCUCCUCCCUCCUCUCUGCCACCCGUGAGCGCCCCGCUGAUCAGAAAAGCAAAAGCCAGAGCGCAGCAGAGACCACGACGCGCAGCGCAACAACGAGAGGAGGCGGGGCGCGGAAUCGGGCUCAUCGCCGUCAAACCCCGGCGGCUCCGUCGGCAGCGCCCCCGGCCCCUGGGAGGCAGGUCGAGGUGCUGCGCGGCGCAGCGGCCGCCUGCUGCGAACCCCUCCUUGUUCUCGCGCCGGAGGGGACAAAAAUGGUUUUUUCCGCACAAGAUCCUCAGACAAGUAAUUGUGGAAAAGAACGGCAUGGCAAAACCAUUGAUGAGGAAGGCAAAAAAGUGAGCUGCAAUUACUGCGGUAAGGUGGUUUGUACUUACAACCGUCUAGAGCAACAUGUAGCAGGCAUCAGGGGCAAUGUUCGUCCAUGCAACCAAGUACCGGACAGUGUCAGGACAAGCUUAAUGAGUUCACUUGUGGAUCGCAAGAAAGAUCGGAUGCUCGGAAAAACGAAAAGACUGAAGCAUGAACAUGAUGAGGUUCCUCACACAAGCCCAGCCCUUCCAUCUGCUCAACUCCAGCAACCACAGCUACAACAAACUGUGUCCAAUAACCGCUGUUUUCUUCAUUAUCCACCGGAUCUGACGCAGCCCAAGGAAAUCACAUAUAGUUCUUGUCAACUGAAACCCAAGGUUGAGAAAAGUGAUUACUUCGAUUCUGCGUCAGCAAAAUCAGUAGGCAAGUUCUUCUCCGAAGCUGGACCUGAGCCUGGUGUUCUCCAUUCAUCAUCUUUGAGGGAGAUGGUUGUGUUUCCCCAUGCGCCUGGGGCUGUAAUGCCAACGUACGAAGCUGUUCUGCAGGAGCAACUAAGAGAAACUGAGAACCGCGCAAAGGAACUCAAGCAAGAGUGGCAAACAAGUGGUUGCACUGUAAUUGUGGACAGUUGGAAGAGCAAGUGUGACAAAAGCUUCGUAAGUGUCCUGGUGCACUGCAGCAAAGGUACGCAGUUUCUCAGAUCCAUUGACGUCUCUGAAAUCACUGAGGACUUGGAUGAGCUAGAAUCAAUGCUUUCUCGCGUGGUUGAUGAUGUUGGUGCCCAUAACAUUGUUCAGAUUGUCAUGAAUGACGUGUCACCCCAUAUGCAGAUGGCACGGCAGUAUGUGCUAAAUAAAUAUGACAGCUUUUUCUUCGUGCUAUGUGCUGACCACUGCAUCAACCUUCUGCUUGAGAAAAUAGCAGCACUCGAGCAUGUCAGUGAAGUCCUAAUGAAGGCAAGGGAAAUUACAAGGUUUUUAUAUGGCCAUGCACUGCCAAUGAAACUGAAAGGAAGAUAUGUUCAGGAGGAGAUUUUGAGCACUUCUUAUCUGAGAUUUGUGGCAGUGUUCAUCACAUUAGAGAGGUUAGUUUCUGCAAGAGUAGGUCUGGUGCAGAUGUUCAGCUCGCCUGAAUGGGUUCCCUCUGGUUGGACUUGUCUUGAUUUGUUCGAGCGUAUCCAGAGCAUAGUAAAGGCAGAUGAUGCAUUUUGGCAUGCUGCUGCAGAAGUCGUGAAGGUUACAAACCCACUUGUCAGUGUGUUGUAUAAACUAGAAUCUGAUAUCUGUCCGAUGGGUAUCUUGUAUGAAGCCAUGGAUAGAGCAAAAGAAGAGAUAUCUCUCAAUAUCGGAGAUGAAAGCGACUCUUAUUGGUGUAUGAUUGACAGGAUAUGGGAUGGUUACUUGCAUAGUCCUCUCCAUGCUGCUGGUCAGAUGCUAAACCCAAGGAUCUUUUACACAGCUGGAUUCCAGCCUGAUGCUGAGAUCAGCAGCGGCAUCGCGGCCUGCACAAUCCAACUGGGCAAGGCUCAUUACAAUGCUAGAAAAGCGUCUGCACAAUUGGAAGUGUAUGAAAAGAAGUUGGGCUAUUUCGACACAGAUCCAGCAAUGCAGCAAAUCAUGGAGUUACCACAAGUUGAAUGGUGGUCGACGCACGGGGCUCGUGUGCCCGACCUGCAGACCCUUGCGAGGCGGGUCCUGAGCCAGACGUGCUUCGGCGCCACCAGGUACAACAUCGACCGGAGCCUGUCGGAGAAGCUGCACGCCGAGUGGGAGGAGAUGACGCCGCCCGAGCAGGAGAGGUUCCGGCAGAAGGAGUACGUCCACUACAACCGCGUCCUCGCCCGCGCCGCCCCGCUCCUGCACGGAUCCUCCGUGAAGCAGCACGACAGGGUGACCAUGGUGCUGCACGACUGGAUCAGGCCGCAGAAACAUGCCGCUGGUUGCCACUGAGUGACGGCCUUCAGAGUUGAUGCUUUCGCCUCUCCUCCGUCCUGUUAUGUGUAUGUGUGUGUAUGCUGCUGUAAUGGUGUGCAGCAGUAAUCUGUCGGAUGCUCACUAGUGGCACUCCCUUGGUACUGUCGUGGUCUGUUAUGUUGUUGAAACCCUGCUGAAUUUCCAAGUUUGUUAUGUUGUUGAAACCCUGCUGAAUUUCUUGAACUCCUGUUGGAUUACCAAGUUUGUUAUGUUGUUGAAACCCUGCUGAAUUUCCAAGUUA